AUGGAUCUACCCGCCCCAACUUUCUCGUUCUCGAUUCCCUCCAUACAUGAUGAAGUCAACCUGGAAUGUCGAGUUUAUCUACCCGACGAGCUCCAAAAUAUACAACUUGAAUCAGCAUCAUCAUCAUCAACACCUCCAACACCAACACCAGUGACAUCGCGAUGGAAACCCCGAGGAGCCAUUAUCGCCCAUCCCUACACCCGACUCGGCGGCUGCUACGAUGACCCUGUAGUGAGCUUCGUCGGUGGCGAGCUUCUGCAGGCGGGCUAUGUGGUGGGGACAUUCAAUUUCCGUGGCGCGGGGGGUUCUGAGGGGCACACCAGCUGGACUGCCAAGUCCGAACUGGAAGAUUAUGUCUCAUUCUACGGGUUUAUGCUGGUAUAUCUACAGCAGUUGAAAAAUGCCCUCAUCAGCGGCAACCUAGCUGGGCAGACUCCUGAUUCUUCUGCGCUACCAGGAGAAAGCGACAGCGGCAUCCAGCUCAUUCUCGGAGGGUAUUCGUUCGGAUCCCUUAUUGCCUCUCAUGCCCCGGACGUCGAUGUCAUACUGGAGUUAUUCCGACCGUCCUCAUCGCGUGUCAACAAGAUUUGCAGAGUCGCUAGGAUGAUUGCUGUAUUAUCCGCAUCCACGCAGCACCUCUACCCAUCGAAUCCAGAUGUCCUGGUAGGGCCAGAUACAGAUACGGAUACAGGGACAGCUGACGACUUUCAGCCCCGCGCUUCACCACUCAUCUCCAUUGCUUAUCUGCUCGUGUCACCUCUCCUCCCACCCGUGAGUCACUUCCUGACGUGCUUUUCCACUCUAUCACUGAACGUGGGGUGGGGAGUGGGCCCUCUAAGGUUAGUUCAAACCCGGCCCGACCACCAGCUGAGCAAGCACAGUAGCCUGGCGCUGUAUGGGGAUGGGGACACCUUCACCUCAGCCCCGAAAUUGCAGCGGUGGUCAGCCGAGAUCGCGCGCGUGCCGCAGAGUCGGUUCCAAAGCGGCGAAAUCGGGGGCGCGGGGCAUUUCUGGCGAGAAGAUGGGGUGGAGGCGAGGGCGAGGAAUCGCUUAAGGGAAUGGUUGAAGCUGAUCGAGUCGGACCAGAUCUGA